CGCAUGUUGUGUAAAAUAGUAGUCCCUGGAGUACUUAAGGUCGAUCGUCCGCCGCCCCUUGAGUACCACCCUCACUGCUGUGAACCUCACCCACAUUACACUACCCAGGCACACGGCUUCUUCUUUGAAGACACCUGGAAUCAUGGGUUUCAUGCUCAAGGCCCCUGCGGGCACGCCUGGUUCGGCGGCGCCUGCCAUCAUGAUCGGCCUGUUCGUUGCCUUUGGCGGUGUGCUUUAUGGUUAUGAUACUGGUACCAUUGGUGGUAUCCUUGGUAUGAAGCACUGGAGGGAGCUCUUCUCCACCGGCUACAGGAACCCCAAGGACGACUUCCCUGAUGUUACUUCGCAACAGAAGUCGCUCAUUGUCUCUAUCCUCUCUGCUGGUACCUUCUUUGGUGCUCUGACCGCUGCGCCUGCCGCCGAUAUGCUCGGUCGUGUUCUUGGUCUUUUCGCCUCCAACAUCGUCUUCUGCAUCGGUGUCAUUCUCCAGACUGUCGCCACUGAUAUCCCUAUCUUUGUUGCUGGUCGUUUCUUCGCUGGUUACGGAGUUGGUAUGAUCUCUGCGACCAUCCCUCUCUAUCAGUCUGAGACCUCCCCCAAGUGGAUUCGUGGUGCUGUUGUUGGUUGCUACCAGUUUGCCAUUACUAUCGGUCUCCUGAUUGCCGCCAUCGUCGACAACGCGACCAAGAACCGCAACGACACUGGUUCCUACCGAAUUCCCAUCGCUGUCCAGUUCGCCUGGGCUAUCAUCAUGUUCGUCGGUUGCAUUUUCAUCCCCGAGACCCCCCGUUGGUACAUCAAGAAGGGUCGCCCAGAGAAGGCUGCGAAGUCCCUUUCCAAGCUCCGCAAACUUGACAUCGAGCACCCUGCUCUGGUUGAGGAGCUUGCUGAGAUCACCGCCAACCACGAGUACGAGCUGUCUCUCGGAAAGGCUACCUACCUCGACUGCUUCAAGGGCAACCUUGGCAAGCGUCUCGCGACUGGUUGCGGUCUCCAGGCUCUCCAGCAAUUGACUGGUAUCAACUUCAUCUUCUACUACGGCACUUCGUUCUUCCAAAACACCGGUAUAUCCAACGCCUUUGUCAUCACUCUCAUCACUUCCUGCAUCAACGUCGUCUCGACCCUUCCCGGUCUCUGGCUCGUUGAGAAGUGGGGUCGCCGCAAGCUCUUGCUCUUCGGAGCCAUCGGUAUGGCUGUCUGCCAGUUCAUCGUCGCCAUUGCCGGUACCGUCGUCGGCACAGAUAACCUUCCCGUCCAGCGUCUGCUCAUCGCAUUCGUCUGUAUCUACAUCUUCUUCUUCGCUUGCUCCUGGGGACCCGUCGCAUGGGUUGUGACUGGUGAGAUCUUCCCCUUGAAGGUCCGCGCAAAGUCUCUCUCCAUAACUACUGCCACCAACUGGCUCCUCAACUUCGCCAUUGGUUAUGCCACACCCUACAUGGUCGAUUCGGGCCCAGGAAACGCCGACAUGGGCGCCAAGGUCUUCUUCGUCUGGGGCGGAUGCUGCUUCAUCUGCAUCUUCUUUGUCUGGGCCAUGAUUUACGAGACAAAGGGUCUUUCCCUCGAGCAGGUCGACGAGCUUUACGGCAAGGUCUCCAAGGCGUGGCAGUCCCCUGGCUUCAUUCCUUCCGUCUCCUUCCAGGACGUCCAGGACGCUUCUGUUGACAACCGCCGCAUGAGCCUGACUGAUGCCGAGGCCCAGGCCACUCGCAAGAGAUCUGCUCAGUACAACGAGACUUACAACGAGAAGAACGUUGCUGUCUAAAAUUAUGGCUACUAUAAUGGUGUAUGAUGGUAUGCAUGAACGUGCAACGGUUUGAGGGGUUGGUGUAUUGUUAUAUCCAUUUGCUUUGCUCAGGAGCUGUCGAUUGCAGCUUUCUGAUGUACAUAUCCAAUCGCUAUGAAUCAGUUCAUUAUUCA